UGACGUUUGGUAAAGCGCAUUGUAGAUUGUACAAGCUGUGGAGGUUUUCCCGCCAGUCAGUGUCAGUGGCUUUCAACAGUGACAUAUCUGAUCUUUUACACUACAGUAAAAAUGGCAGAUAUUCACGAUGUUCCGAGGACUCGCAUCAAUACCAGCAUGUUGGCCCAGCACAUAGGCAAUCCCGUAUGCUUUGUGGGCAGAGUGGAAAAGGUUAACCCAACUGGGACAUCCUUUGUACUGUCUGAUGGAGCUGGCAAAAAUGCAACAGUUGAACUUGCUGAACCGUUGGAUGAGGAGGUUUCUGGAGUUAUUGAAGUUGUUGGCAAAGUCACACCAAAAGCAACUAUCAUGGGAAUGUCAUAUGUUCCAUUUCGUGAAGACACAUGCUCUUUUGAUCUUGCAUUGUAUGAUGAAGCUUUGAAAGUUAUACAUGAAUUUCCUCAGUAUUAUCCGUUUGCAGUUAAAGCAAGUGAUUGAAGAUACCCUUCGCACACAGCAAUCUGUAUGAGGACUUGUAACUUUUCACAGGAAAUGUACAUAUACUUUUCUGUCCAAUGGAUAUCUCCACAGUAUGUCUGUUAAAUCCUCUAGAAGAAUGGGAUAUGUUCCAGUGCAUUGACAUAACUUUACUACCUUACAAUCUUCUGUCCCUGUGAUUUUUUUUUUUUUUUUUUUUAGGGACCCCUUUUUUGUUUUGUGUUUUGUUUUAGUUUUUUACUUGACCUCUAAGAGGUCUACAUAAAAAAUAAAUAAAUAAAAAUGACCCAGUAAUAUUUCACUGUUUCACUGCUGUAUGUGUUGGGCUGUCUGGAACGUUGCAUUGGGGAAUAAUUGCAAUUUAUUAGAACUAUAGAUCUAUCAUACUUUUAUUGUAUACAAUGUUAAAUUAAAAUUCAACCUUUCUUUACAUACUGCUGAAUAUAUUAUAAAUCUACCUUUCUCAUACAGUGUGCUCCCUUUUAAAAAUAAAGGGACUUUUUUUUUU